AUGUCCUCAAUUCUUGACUUUUCCGGAUGGAGGAGUAGGUCGUCUAGCUUCUCUUCGCAGCCCAGUCCUCAGCAUCCAAGUCGCGACGACGCCUCAGAAAUCGGCUUUGCUCACGAUGAUUCCGCCCCACGAUUAUCGGCCUCUGUUGGCUCUCCCGCAACGACAUUUCGAGAACCAAUCCGGUCGUAUAUCCACGCCUCCGUACGAGGCCAACUUGCACCUGUCGAUAGUCAGCAAAAUGCCCGCACCGUUCGCGAGGACACAGCCGAGCUAGCCACCUAUCUGCUCUCCGACGGCACGACACCGAGGCGCCCCUCGUUUCUGCAGCGAAGCAAAGCAUCUGCCCAGGAUCUGUUCGCAUCGAAUCAGGAAGGUGGCCCACGAGAUGAUGAUGUUGCUGCUGCCUCGACAACCAUACUGGAAGUAUCAGAGCCCGCUUCUCCACAAGGCGACGAGGAUGUCACUGCCGAAGACAUUGGGCCUUCGGUGCUUUCUAAUCUCAUCAGAAGAUCGCCUCCACAAUCUGUUAAGCCUGACACUCCGAUAUCGCCUGAUCUGCAUCCAGCCGAACCGGAACGUAAACUGGAAGGAGAGGAACAAGGCCAAUCAAAACGGCGAGUGGCCGAGGAGGCAAUGCCAGCUACCGAACGGACUCCUUUACUGGGCCAAGUCGUGGGGGAAGACGCAACAGCCAUCGAUAUAGAAGGCCAACAAGCGAAGAAGCCGAAUUGCUGGCUCAACGGACUCUUGGAAGGCGGCCAAAAAGCUGAAACUCACCUUGCCCAUGCUGUCAAGGUCGCAGUCAACCCUCACCAUUGGAACCGGAAAGCGCUGUGGGAAAACGUAGUUGUGGAACCAAUCUCGUGCCUACCGGCCGUGGCUGUAGGGCUACUGCUGAAUAUACUCGAUGCUCUAUCCUACGGCAUGAUCUUGUUUCCCGUCGGCAAACAACUGUUCUCGCAUUUAGGCUCAGCUGGCAUCUCCAUCUAUUACGUGAGCACAAUUGUAGCCCAAGUUACAUUCUCGUCUGGCAGCAUCUUCAGAGGAGCUGUUGGGUCCGAGCUGAUUGAAGUGGUUCCCUUCUUCCAUAACAUGGCUCAGAAAAUCACGGACAAUGUUGGCCAAGACAAUGCAGACGCCGUCAUAGCUACCACCAUUACUGCGUACGCAUUCAGCUCCAUCAUCACAGGUCUCGUCUUUUACCUGAUGGGAAAAUUCAAGUUCGGCUACAUGGUUGGCUUCAUCCCCAGGCACAUCUUAAUUGGCUGCAUUGGCGGCGUUGGCUGGUUUCUAGUUGCCACAGGCUUCGAAGUCUCGGCGCGCUUGGACGGCAACCUCAAGUACAACCUGGAUACACUGAACAAGUUGGUACAGGCUGAUACGGUCCUUUUAUGGAUCUUCCCGCUUGCCUUGGCUGCUGGGUUGUUCUACGGGCAGUCCAAGAUUCGAUCCAAGUACUUUCUCCCGCUAUUCAUUCUUGCUAUACCCUUACUCUUUUACGUCUUUGUGCUGUCCAUCGAUGCACUGGAUGCGGACGACUUGAGAGACAAGGGGUGGAUAUUCCAGGGUCCGCCACCAGGGGAACCAUGGUGGUACUUUUACACAUUAUACCAGUUCAAUCUGAUUCACUGGGACGCCAUUCUAGAAGUCGUUCCCGCCAUGCUGGCUCUUACUUUUUUUGGCAUCCUCCAUGUUCCGAUCAAUGUGCCCGCAUUGGCUUUGAACACGGGCGAGGAUAGUGCCGACCUCGACAAGGAGCUGAAAUUGCACGGAUACUCCAACAUCUUGUCGGGGCUCUUGGGCAGCAUCCAGAACUAUCUCGUUUACGCGAACACCGUCUUCUUUGUCCGUUCAGGUGGGGACAAGAGACUAGCUGGCUUCAUUUUAGCCGCAGCCACGUUUGGUGUCAUGAUGAUGGGGCCGUCUCUGAUCGGUUUCAUCCCUGUGAUGAUGGUUGGAACGCUCAUUUUCGACCUCGGCUUUGAGCUUCUCCUGGAGGCCAUUUGGCUACCUCGCAAGAAGCUCAAAGUGGCCGAGUACCUGACCGUCCUGGCCAUUGUGCUGGUGAUGGGCAUGUACGACUUCGUUGUGGGUAUCGGAGUGGGCAUUCUGCUGGCGUUUGUCUCGCUGAUCAUCCAGACGUCGCGGGUGUCUGCGGUGCGCGGCAUGUAUGACGGGGGCAUUGUGAGCUCAACGGUGCGCCGGAACCCAGCGCAACACCAUUACCUGGAUCAAGUUGGGCAGCAAAUCUACAUCAUGAAGCUGAAUGGCUAUCUCUUCUUUGGGACAAUUGUCAGCGUUGAGGAGAAGAUCCGUGGGCUUUUGGACGAUCACGCGUUCUCGAAGAAGCCCAUCAAGUUCCUCAUUCUGGACCUCUGGCACGUCAGCGGCCUCGACUACUCUGCAGGCGAGGCGUUCAACACGAUAAGCCGCCUCCUCGACAAGAAGGGCGUCCUCCUUGUCUUGAGCGGCGUUGAUGCUGAAAGUCAACUGGGGAGGAGUCUCCGAGCCGUAGGGCUGGGCAAUGACAAGAUCAAGGUCAUGAUGCUCCCCAACCUCAACUCGGCGUUGGAAAGCUGCGAGAACGAGCUGCUCAAGACCCUCUACGCCGGCCAGGAAGAGCUAAACUCGACCAGGCGAGCUGCCACGCCUAGCUGCGACGUGCCGACAGCCGCAAACGCGUCAUCGUUGUCAUCGUUUGAUCCGCCGUUCAACUCUCCCAGACAGAGCCACCUUGUGGAAGCUGCACGCGAGGCCCUCACCAGCGCAAAGGUUCCCAACCCGUCAAAGUGGCAGAGCUUCAACGAGCCCCUACGGCUGAUGCUCCAGAUCUUCCAAGGAUUGAGCGGCAAGAACGAAGAUUUUUGGUUCCAGGCAACCCGCUACUUCAAAAGGAUGGAGUACGCGGCGGGGACUGUGCUGUUCCGCCGCGGUGAGCCAGCAACGGGCUUCUACCUGGUUGAGCGCGGCAUCGUGCGCGCCGAGUACGACCUCCCCCAGGGAUGGCUCUGCGAAAGCAUCGUGGCAGGCACAACAUGCGGCGAGCUGCCGUUCUUUUCGGAGACGGAGCGCACGGCAAAUGCCCUGGUAGAAAGGGAUUGCGUGGUGUGGCUGAUGGAUUGCGAGUCGUGGAAGAAGCUGCAAAAGGACCAACCCGAGGUGGCCAGAGAGUUGUUGAGGAUAUCGCUCAAACUGACGAGUGAGCGGAUGAGCUCCAUUACGUCGUAUAUUCUGACCACGGCGGGAUAA